AUGGCCGUCGGACCGAGGCUUAGCACGGGCUUGUUCACCGGCCCGGCCCCACUGUUCCACUGGAAGGAAACGAAACUGAAAGCCGCCGGCGCCCUCGUCUCAGGGCCGCCAGCUGGGGACCGCGCGGCUCGACGGCGGCCCGCGCGCGCGCGCGCGCGCACUCAGCGACCCGGCGUGCCUCGAGGCGUCGCGUGGCCGGAGACGCGGGUCGCGGGUCCUCACAGGGCCCGAGCCCCGCGUCUGAGGGACAAGUGGCCGCUUCCUUCGAGGCAGCGCCCUGCGAGGCGAGUGGCGCGUUCAGCUAGGCCCGAGGGACGCCGGGGUUCAGUCAGCCGCCUCGAUCUCGAGAAGCUGAGCGAAGUUUCCAGACGGCGCUGGCCGGUUGCGGCCGGUUGGCGCGUCUGGCGGGCGCCGCCGCCGCCGCCGCCGCCGCGGCGCGUUCAGGGGGCUCAGAAGUCGCCCGAGCAAAAGCGGUCUGGGCAGGCGGACCUCGGAAGCGGGACGACGAACCUGGUCCCACGCCACCCCGGAACACACGGAAACAGGCGCUCGGAAUUGCAAGACCGGCCUGAAGGGCACUGUAGAUUCAGCUGUCGCAGCGGUGCCGCAUGUCCGAAAGAAAGGAGGUCCUCAGUGCAAUUCCCAGCAACCACAUGGUGGCUCACAACCAUCUGUAAUGGGAUCUGAUGCCCUCUUCUGGUGAGUGUCUGAAGACAGCAACA